AUGCACAUGCGGCAACUGCUGGUCUUGGCCGCCUGCGCAGCAUGCGCUUUCCCGAGACCUUCCAACUUUGUGUCGUGGAAAUCCGGUCGUUGCCUCCGCUCGAGCCAGCGGGUGACGGGGUGCAGAGCAGCCGUUUCGGAGACGGAAGGGCUGCAGCUGCAUGCUUCUCGAGCGGUGCUUCACCUCAGCAUCGUCCCAGAACCUGCGCCUGCCAGCAGUGGUAUCCCAGGCCCUGGGCUGCCCCCUGGAGUGCAGUCGCUUAGUCUACUGGGCCGAACGAUCGGCGGCAGCUUUGCCAUUGAGUGGGAUGAGAGCCCUUGGGGACCAUACAUGGAGGUGGGCCUCUUGAGCAGCUUGGUGCUUGCUGCGGGAGCUUGGGGCGCUUGGGCCUCCCACGUUUGGGUGGACAGCGAUGAGGCCUCCAAGGGGGGCCGCGAAGUGUGGGGACUCCCCACCUCGCAGUGUGAUAUCAGCAUGCAGACUUCGGACGAAGAUGGGAAGGUGCUGGGCUUUGGUUUUGCUCCGCUCCUCCACAUCGGGGACGGCUGCGGGCCUUUGGGUCGUGUGGAUCGCAGUGCUCGCGUUACCGUGGGCCAUCCACCGUGGACGGACAAGGCAAGCAGCAGAGUCGACGUGACCCUACCGAACUUGAGUGGUGGUCUCUACUUCUCGGAAGAUGGCCGGAGCGGAUACACCGAGGUGCUAUCCUACCCUUUGAGGCUCCAGGCUAAAAGCUGGCGGCUACUUCCGGGUGCCGAUGUGUCUGGAGGUCAAUGCCGGCGUCCCCGAGAAGCUGAAAACAUAGACAAAGCACCCCUGCACCGAACUGAAAUACCGCCGAUGAACUGCUUGCAGUGCUUACGCGUGAUCGGGCAAGUCUUUCAAGAAGUUGGCCGACAUGUACAUAGCAGUUGCAGCAGCUACGACUUGGUACAGAUCUGCAAAGCACGGCUGGCCCAGCUGCCAAGCUCUCCUGGCUUGUGA